AUGAAAGUCACCCAUACUUACUUAACUGCCAUUUUGGCAGCUUCAAUUGUAACUGAAGCAGCUCCAGCUAAAGUUGAAACAUCAAAUACCAAUGAAUUACAAGUUGCUAAAAGAAUCACUCUGGAUGAGUUAAUAGCCAAAUUAGAUGCAUUAGCAGCUUCUAAAUCUAAAAGAGAUGAAGCUUCUACUGAUUUAGAAAAGAAAGAAUAUGAAAUUGUUACUGAAGUUUUAUCAUAUUUAAAUGAUACUAAUUUAGCACCAAAAGUUAUUAAAUAUUUAGCUACCAAUAAAACUUUGGAACCAAUUACUAUUUCAACCAUUGUUGCUGUUAUAAAAUCUGGUUUAUUAAACCUUACUACUUUAUUAGAUGCCUUGGUUCAAUCUGGUUUAGUUAAUAGAGUUAUCGAAGAUGUUAUUUCUGAUUGUUCAUUAUACGCCAAAUUAUUUAGUUUAGCUAAAACAAUUAUUGGCGAUUUAGCUGAUAAAGUUGAAGAAAAACUUUCCAGUAAAUCUAAAAGAGAAGUUGAUUUGGAUUCUGCUCAUGCUCAACUUGUUGCUAAGAGAAAAUUAGAUCUGAUUGAAGAUUUAGACAUUGAAAAAAGAGAUUCCGAAGAGGUUUUGGUUAACUUAUUAGAAUCUUUAGGUAAUUCCGGUUUGGCUUCUUCUGUUGUCAAAUCCAUUCUUACUGAUUCUUCUUACAUUCCUUUUGCAAUCGAUUUAGUUGGGGCUGUUUUAGCAAGUGGUUCUUUAAAUCUCUCUAAAGUCAUUAGUGCAGUUAAAUCUUCUGGUUUGAUUGGUUCUUUAUUCCGUCAAAUUUUCUCUCUCAAUACUUUACAAACUGUUGCCACUAAUGCUUUUGCUGCUUUCGAAGGUGAUUGUGGUUCUACUUCUGGUUCUUCCGGCUCUUCGGGUUCUGGUUCUGGUUCUUCCUCCUCCGGUUCAUUAAUCGGUGAUUUACUUGGUGGCGGUGAUAAGGGUUCUUCCGGAACUACUACUACUUCUACUGCUGGGUCUGGCUCUGGUUCUAACCCAUGUAAAAAGAGAAGAAGAAGAAGA